UCCGCGUCUGCGCAAACUGGAGCGCGGCGGCCGCAAAAGGAAAUCUUCCGGUACGUUGCCGCCGCCGUUGAAGGGAGGAGUGGGCGGAGUGCAACGGGUCAAGUCGCCCCGCCCCUAAUCUGAGCACGCGGGUGCCCCUGAGCGCGUGCAGAGUGCCAGUUCCCUUCCAGGCAGAGCAGCCCGUAGGCGGCGUCGGGUCGGAAGUGGGGUGCCCGAGCAGCCCGUCGCGGGGCUCGUCCUUCCGCUGCAGUCCCAGCUGCCCGGACGAUGCUGGGCACAGCGGAGGCCGAGGGUGAGGCGGAUGGCUCUGCCCCGCAGCCUCGGCUGUUCUUCCAGCGGGAGGACGGCAGCCCCCUGAGCUUCUACGUGCGCCCCGGGGCAGCCAAGGUGGAACUGGCCCCGCUGAUCCUGCGCCACGGCGGGCGCCUGUGCCGCGUUCAGGAGCCGGGCGCGGUGCUGCUGGCCCGGCCGGGAGAGGUGCCGCCGAGAGCCUCGGGGGUCUUCAUCUCCGCCAGCUACGUCGCCGACUGCGUGGCCCGCCAGGAGCUCCUGCCGCUGGAGACAUACCGCCUGCAACCGCCGCCGGUCACCGCGGACGCGGGCGGUGCCGAGGGCCGCCUGCCCUUCAGCGAGGCGGAAGACCGGGCCAUCCUCCUGCACCUGCGGAGGAGCAAGAGAGGCAGCAGCGGCAGGCGGGCAGCCGGCAGUGGCAACGCUGUCUGGAAGGAGAUGGAGGAGGCCCGGGUGACGCCGCACUCCUGGCAGGCCAUGCGCGACCGCUACCUGAAGCACCUGCGGGGCAAGGAAGACCUUUGCCUGCCUCCCCAGAGACGCAAGCUCAGAAGCUCGUCUGAAUCUGCUGCUGCCUCCCAAAGUACGGAAGUCAAGGAUGUCCCCCAGCCAGAGGAUCAAAGCCAUACUGUGGAAGGAUCAAAGGGAGACAGUGAGAGCCCCAGCUCCACAGAAUACACCUUUUCAGAACACGUGGCGCUCGAGACCUCUGAAGAAGAAGCACCUCCUAAUCCCAAAAUCAGGGUGCUUGAGUUUGUAUCUGGUGGAGAUUCUGCUGGGCCCCCAAACCAGCCCCCAGUGGCAGAGCAGCAGCCUGCAGCUCCCUCAGCUGUGGAGGUGGCCAUGGCAGUGGAGGACAUGAAGCGUUUCAUGAAGAAGUUUGACGUGGACCUGGCAACUGUGACACAAGCUUUUUUGAAAAACAGUGGGGAAGUGGCAGCUGUGGAAUAUUGCCUGCAGAUGGGGCAGUGCUUGGGUGGCUGCCCUCCUUGGAGCAGGCAGGAUGACGUGGACUUGCUGAAGGGGGAUGACAACCUCAGAAGCAAGCUAGUGGCAAAAUACGGAGCAGAGAAUGUGAACAGGCGCGUGGCAUUCAGGAAAAGUUAGCUUGCGGCAGCCAUGGUUUACUGUAGGAGGGCAGCAAACGGCCCUCUUCUUUCUCACACACAUUUCUUCAGUGGGAGUUUUCUGAGUGUCAGUCUAGAGGGAAAGCCUCUGGAGGCCAGCAACCUGCGGUUACUGUCUUUAUGACUGAAAGCACAGCAAGCUGUUGUGAUGGAGACACCGUUCUUUGAGACUUUCCUUCUCCUCACUUCCAUUUGUACACAAAGCCUUUAUUUACUUCACAGGAGAUUUGUGUGGACCUGGCACAAUAAGCCUCUUUAUUCUCCCUUCACCAGCUUGCCUUAAGUUGGAACUUAGGUGUGGCAGUGGCUGAUUCUGAGGUACUUGGCAACAGACAGCCACACAUUUUUGGCUCGGCUUUAGCCAACCCCCUAAAGUUGGAGCAUUGCUUGGGUCUUCCUGUGGGGUCGUUCCCCACUCCUCUCUCCAAACGUGCUUCCACCCAGUCAAGAAUACGCAGUAGCACUGAUGCAUUUAGUCACUGGAAUGAUUUCUGGAGCCAGAACACCCCCACUUAGAUACACAUACACCCCACCUUAUCAUUUAGGCUAACAAGAGUGCUGAGAGGGAGCACCUACAUGUCCUGUAGCAAAUGGACAGUAUUGCUCAUCAUCUUGGCUAUACAGACGCUGGCCUAGGAUUCAUUGUAGAAGAACAUUUCAUCAUCAUUAUUUAAUUGGUAUGGCGCCUUUCGUACGGCAUGAACAUGAAAAUAUUUAUAUAAUUAAAACAUUACAAAAGUAGUCAUAAACAAUAAAUAAAACACAUCCGUAAUUGAACAAUUUCCACACAAAUCAUUAUAAGAUCUAAAAAUACAGAUACAAAAAUUGAAAAUCAAUAACAGCAGCAACAACAAAAACCCACCUAAAAAAGACUCCACCUAACUUUUUAAGGUGGUUUAUCUAGUUAAAAUAAGGUAGCAGAUGACACAGAGACUGCAGACUUAAUUUUUUAAAAAUAGAUGUAGAGAAGGGCAAACAACUUGUAUGAUGGUCUUGGUGUAUGUGAUAAAUUUCUGCCACAUCAUGGCAAACACUCCUUGGAUAGAGGUGCAGUAGAUAUAGGUAUGUAUUCAGAUCUCAUUAGCUUCCUUGAGUUAGUAAGGAAAGAGAAAUCAGAGCUGAACAGCCAUGUAUGGAACAAAUGAGUGAACAGAAUCUGUCUGUGCUCCCUUCCUCAUUAAAUGCCACGUCCCCUGAAUGUUCUGUCCAAAUCAUGCGGCAACAAGGUGUUAUAGUUGCCAACAGUAACGUAUCUCUUUGAGAGAGUUUUUUAAGAGUUUUUAAGAGUUGUGAAAUACAAACAUCCAGGAGCUCAAAAAGAUCAGUACAGCCAGAUUAAGGUGGUUUACACAACUGAUUAGAGCUACACUGGCCACUGCCAAAGUAUAUACGUUUUCACAUGCUUUUAAACUUGAUCACUCAUCCAUGAACUGGCCCUUAAGGCAUUAUCAAAGGCUCCAACUAUGACUCACCAACCUCGGAAAGGUUAUGCUAUGAAAUGAAUACAUUCUAUCUAACCAUCACUUUUGGCCAGCAAGGCUGCCCACCUCUUAGCAUCCCUGCCCCUGUAUGAUGGUGAUGUUGUGGCGUGUUCAUGAACAUUCUAACUUCUCAAAGAAAAUGUGGGAGCAGCUAGGGUGUUAAUGUUCAGUGUUGUGUCUAUGAGGCAGGUGGGAAACUGCUGUAAAUGGUAGAAAAUGUCAGCAGAGAUGGAAGGUGGCAGGAAACCAAGACAAAAAUGGUCCUUAAUGAUAGUGGAAAACAGAAAAAGGGAGCACUGUCAGGAUUGAGGCAAGUCUCCACUGCCAAAUUCAUCUGGACUGUAAAAAUCAUGACUGUUAUAUAAAUAAAAGCACAUGUGGAUCGUCAUAAACCCUAAAAGGAAAUGGCCAAUUUGAUCAUCUUGUAUCCAGCCAUACCUUGCUGAAGCAAGUAGAACAGCAACCGCAUUGAUUGGAACCAGGCUUGAUGUGAACUUUGUUACUGAAACAGAUCAGAUGUGUGAACUUUGUUAGAGGGCUUUUCACGCAGAAGCUCCCCAUGAAUUCUUCAAGACUAAAUUACAUUUCAACUCCUUUGCAGAGGUCUCAAGAUUAGUGGUGUAGGAAGUGGGGGGCAGGUGGCCCCAGGUGUCAUCCUGAGGGGGGUGACAGAAUGCUCAACACGCUCGCUCCUGGCCCCCGAAAUAAUGUGGCUUCGGGCAAACAACGCCGCAACGCUCCUUCUGCUGCCUCUACCAGUUGCCCUGGUGGCAAAGAAGAAGCAGGGCGUGGUGGGGGGUGGAGGCUGAGGGUGGAGAGAGGUCAGAACCUCCAGGACACCUCCUCUCCUCAGGGAGGCCACAUGACAGCCUGGCUGUGCGUGCAUCGCCUUAGACCGGGAUCGCUUCUCCGGUAUGGGCUCAGGCGGAGGUGGGAGCG